UAAAAUCAUAUUUAAAUGCUCGUAUGCUCCUAACCUCAACUCGACACAAGAAAAUAAUACAUUUUGUAAGAGAAAUGUCGGCAGAAUUAAUAGAAAUAGACGGUUCUCUCCUUGAAGGGGGUGGUCAAAUUUUAAGAGUUGCUGUUACUUUGAGUGCAAUAUUGAAGACCCCUAUUAGAGUUUUUAAUAUUCGUGCGGGGCGUAGUAAACCAGGUUUAAUGGAACAGCAUUUAAAAGGAUUGGAACUUGUCCGUGACAUUACAAAUGCAAGAGUAAUUGGGGGUAAAAUAGGUUCUACUGAAAUUGAAUUUUGGCCAGACAGUGUAAAAGGUGGUCAAUACAGAGCUGCAGUUAAAACAGCAGGAAGUAUAAGCUUGCUACUUCAAGUGGCUUUACCAUGUACUUUAUUUGCUAACUGUGAAACAACACUUUUUCUACAAGGAGGGACAAAUGCAGAAAUGGCUCCACAAAUUGAUUAUACCACCGAAGUUUUUCGGCCGAUUUUGGAAAAGUUUGGAGCAACAUUUGAUUUUAAACUCAUAAAAAGAGGGUAUUUUCCAAAGGGUGGGGGUGAAAUAAUUGUUAAUGUUAAACCAGUUAAACAACUAAGAAGUGUUGAAAUGUUGGAACCAGGAAAUGUUAUUUCUAUAUAUGGCUGGAGUUUUGUAGCAGGCUCUUUACCUAUAAAAUUAGCUCAUAUUAUGGCAGAUAGUGCAACAAGAAGGUUGAAGUCUUUACAAAAUAAUAUUAAUAUUGAAAGAUACAAAGAAAGCCCAGAAGUAGCCAACAGUAAUUGUUCUGGUUUGAUUAUUAUUGCAGAAACAAGUACAGGAUGCAUUUUAGGAGGUUCAGCUUUAGGAAAAAGAAAUGAAACACUUGAACAAACAGGUACGAAUGCUGCUGAAGAAUUGUUAACAAGCAUUCAAGAAGGUGCUUGUGUUGAUAAGCAUUGUCAAGAUCAAAUUAUAAUUUUAAUGGCUCUAGCUAAAGGCAUAUCAAAAAUAAGAGUGGGAAAAAUUACUCUCCACACAGAAACAGCUAUUUUUGUUGCUGAAAAAUUAGGCAAAGUGAAAUUUGAAAUAAAUCAUUUUCAAAAUUAUUCUGUGAUUCAGUGUAAUGGACUUGGAGUAUCUUCUGCAUAAAACGAAUAUCAAGUGUCUUAGAGGUCUUGCUUAAACAAUCUCCCAAAUAGAAAGCAAUUAGUAAAAAUUGUUUAUAAUUUAUAUUAAUGAAUAGUUUUUACUGAAUGUCUAGAGGUCAACCAAUUAUCCCUGAAUAUUAAAUAGACUUACACUACAUUGCUCAUGCUAACUGUAUAGAUUAAAUGCCUAAUAAUUAUUAUUCUAUUAAGGUAAAUAACAUUAGAUUGUGAUAGGUGUAACUAUUGAUGCUCAUUUAAAAUAGACUAAACAUAUAGAAAACGUAACAAAAAAGCGAGAUACAUACUCUAUGUAAUUGCAAAAAUAAAGCAUUUUUUGGAUUAUGA